GAACCACACCUCGAACUACAUUGUAACGCGUCUUUUUUCCCGAAGCCAGGCAUGGUUCUGUCAUCGUGCACGUGUCUUCAGUUUUUUCAGGGGACUAAAGAGCAAACCAAAGUCGGCAAUCGCAAGGCAGGUGAGUCCACUGCCACCAUGUCGGGAACUGCGGCAAAAAGUGGGGCCAAGGGGGCCGAGAAGUUGGAACUGCAAGGCGACACAUGGCGCGUGUGCAACUUUGUCGAUAAGAAGGACAUCAUCAAAAUCGAUGCGGCUACAAUGAAACAAAAAGUCCAGAUCCGCGACUGUAAAGGAGUUGGCAUCCAGAUAGAAUCAAAGGUCAACUCCGUCAUCAUUGACAACUGCGAAAACUUGAGGCUGUGCGUCAACAGCCUGAUCUCUGGUGCCGAGUUCGUCAACUGUCGCAAAAUCAAGUUUCAGGUCCAGGGUACUUGCCAUUCGAUUGCGAUCGACAAGUGCUCGGGUGUGGAUCUCUAUGUCUCGAAGGAAAGCAAAGAUGUCGAGAUCACGACUAGCAAGUCUGGGGAAAUGAAUCUGAAUUUCCCCAAGACAGACCAGGAGGAUGGCGAUUGGACAGAAGUGCCCAUUCCCGAACAAUUCCACCACCACAUCAAGAACGGCGUACUUGAAACCAGGGUUUCUGAGCUGUACUCGCGCUGA